GCGAGGCUGAUUUUUUUUUCUUUACAGCAUUUAUAGCAAAUAUCAUUGCGUGAAUCGUGCGCGUUUCCUCUCUCCGCACGAUCCUUUUGUCUCCGGUCCUGCUCUCUCUCUCUCUCUCCCUGCACAGCUCCUCUCUCCUCUCCGGCUGGAACACGGUGUCCUCUAGGGGUGAAACAUGACGGCCAAGCAGCGCAAACCGAAGAACAACCAGAAGAACGAAGAGAACUUGUUCAAGAAUGAAGUGGUGGAGUCCCAGCAGGGGCGCUCCGCCGGGGGGGGCAGUAAUUCCGCAGGGCUGCUGCUUUUAUUCCUGAUGAUCGUGGCCGUCGGGGCCGCGGGCGCCUGGCUGUGUCUCCAGCAGCACCAAACUUUAACCCACCUGACAGACAACCUCACGGCCAUGCAGAUGAAGGUAGUGAGGCUCCAGUCCUCCCAGGAGGAAUUGCGACAGACCAGUGAUAAGGCCAUGCCGGAGAGUGUGGACCAGCGUCUGAUUGCACUGGAGGAGUCUUUUGCACGGGCCCAGAAACAGGUGGGCAUGGCCCUGGCUACGACCGAGCAGCUGAAGACCAAGGACCUCCCCGCUCAGUUGCUGUCCCUCCACACCGAGAUGAAAACCCGCAUGGCCGAGAUGCAGCAAGCCACGGCUUCCCUGAAGCAACUGGAGCAGCUGCAGAACGUGAUGAAGACAAAGACUGAGGAGUUGGAGGACGUCAGGCUGCAGGUGGAGGGUCUGACCUCCCUCAGCGCGGAGCUGUCCCAGACGGUGGAGGUCUUAACUGGGGGCCUGGGAGCUGCAGAGUCCAUGCUGGAGGAGAAAGAAGGGCUGCCGAGCUGCUCAAAGUGA